CAGACAAUGAGCUCAAAAGAAUUUAAUGAACACUGUAUUUGUGGAUUUUAUUCAGAUUCAGAUGAAGAAUCUAGUGAAAGUUUGUCCAAUAGUAAAAAUAAUAUAGCAAAAUAAGGUUUUAAUUAUGAAUCUCUGCCUAAACUUUCAAGUAAUAUAAGAAUCAGAGAAACUAAUGAGUCGUAAAAAAUAAAUAAGCCUCCGAUAAUGCAACCAUCGAAGAAGUAAAAUAAAAAAAAACUCUCUUUAAAAUGUAUUAGUGGAGAAGAAGAAUCAAAUUAAGAAUCAAAUGAAGAUUUAUUUAAGGAUGAAGGCUAAAGCUAAUGUGAAAAAAAAGAAUAUUAGAAUAUAAAAAGAAAGAAGAAAACACAAGAAUCAAAGUAUGGGUACCCAGGAGAAACAAAAAAUAUGUAUUAUAAUAUAAGUUAGAAUUUAAAACAUUUUAUAGGUAUCUUACUUUAUAUAUUAAGUAGAAUUUAAUUUUGAUGAAUAAUAAAAGUCAGAACAUGAAAUUAGGAAAUUUUUAGAAACUCCUGAUAGGUUGGGUUUUGCUGGAUUGAAAAAAAUUCUAAAUUAAAAUUCAAAGCUGAAAUAAAUAGCCAGAAUAUUCUUUGCGUAAUUUGGUUGGUCUCGAUUUUUCAUAAUGAAUAAUAGAGUUGAUUUGGAUCCAUACUUUAGAUUUAAAUCAACUUUUCUAAUUGGCAGAUGA